AACUGACUGAACCAACACUUCCACCACGGUCAAGUCGUUUCCUCCGGGAUUGCUCACAACUCUGUCAUCAUGGCUGUGCGAAAGGAAAAGAAGGUGAACAAUGCGGAGUCGCCUCCCGCUCAACUGAUCGCCUCGAUCGGUGCCUUUUUGACCGAGUUUGGAUUUACGAAAACGAGUUCCGCCUUGACAAAGGAGCAGUCUGCUAAGUCCGGCAAUUCCUCGAGCAACGCAAAGGAUGUGCCUUCAUUGCUGGAGAUCUUCCAGAACUGGGAGAACCAGGCCGGAAAGAAGAAGACGACCAAGACUUCGGCCAGCAGCAGCAGCAGCAGCGAGGAUAGUGACAGCAGCUCCAGCGAUUCGGACGUCGAAAUGGACGAAGCGCCUAAAUCCAAGUCCAAGAAAUCCUCCAAGAGUUCUUCCUCUUCCUCAUCUUCUUCCUCUUCGUCUUCCUCUUCCUCUUCGUCGUCUUCCUCGUCCUCCGAGAGUGAUGCGGACGAUGAGGAUGAGAGCGAGGCCGCUCCUGCGCCCUCCACCGCUUCUAAGCAGCAAGGAACCAAGCGCAAGGCUGAAUCCGAUUCCUCUUCUUCCGACUCUUCCGACUCGGAUGAGGCCCCUAAGACCAAGAAAACCAAGGUCUCCUCCAAAUCAUCAUCCAAAUCCUCUUCUUCGGACUCGUCCGAUUCAUCUUCCAGCAGCGAGAGCGACUCGUCCAGCUCCUCUUCGGAUUCGGAGUCCUCCGACUCGUCCUCCGAUUCUUCCUCUGACUCGUCUUCUGACUCGGACUCCUCAUCUGAUUCCUCGUCCGAUUCGUCCUCCGAAUCCGAAGACGACAAGAAGGUCCUGAAAAAGGCGGCCAAGACACCUCUUCCCCCUUCGGAUUCUAGCUCCAGCGGAUCCAGUGAUGACUCUUCCUCCGACUCGUCCUCCGAUUCGGACAGCGAGGACAAGAAAAAGAAGACCUCGACUUCAUCCAGCGACACCAGCGGAACACUUGAGAACUCCAACAAGUCUGCGCCGGUUCAAAGCACUAGCUCCUCGAGCGCUAGCCCUGCUCCCGGAAAUGGUCCGGCCCCGAAAAAGCACACCGGUGCCCGUCCCACCCCGCUGGCAUUGCUCAGUGAACAGCCCUACGACCACCAUCCCUCCAACACCUACGUGCCUUAUGCGUACGCCGAGAGGGCCUACAACGAUUUGAUCGUCACUCGUGGCAAGGGCUUCACGAAGGAGAAGAACAAGAAGAAGCGCGGUUCGUACCGUGGAGGCCCCAUCGACAUCGGCGGAGGCAAGUCGUUCAAAUUCGACGACUAAGAAUUUUUUUAUCGCGUUCAAGCUCUUUCAAUCUGGUUCAAUUUAUUAGGUGUUUUGUUCUUUCCUCCUUCUCUUUUCUCUCUUGAAUUCCCUACAUCUCUUUUCUCUUGUUUCCUUAAAGAAAAGUUUAAUUCCAAACAAAUAGAUCUAGAUCUGCACGUCUUACGUCUUUCUUGAUGAUUUCGCUUCCAAGCAAGGCGCUGAUGGAACUUGGGUCGACUUGAACUCUUCUAUUCUAAGAGAAAUAAACAAACCGCGCAAGCUAUUU